CUUUCCUGCCCUCCUCUUGAACGGUCCUAUGUUGCAUCAAUUCAAGCCCACUACCCAGAAAGUCGAAAGGGUUAUCCAUUUCCUUCCGAAAUUUUAUCGUUAUGCUUACCGAAAGGGCUCCGCUUUUACACUCAGAGCAAUGUUCCUCACCCUGAAGUGCAUACUUUUGCUAAUGUUCGUGAAGAUGGAAUGAGGAUAGACGGCACAGCGCUUAUAUUUUACGAGGAGGUAACUGAUGAACAGCUCUGCCAGAGAAUGGCUGAUUUACAAGCAGAACAUGUUCGUGCACUUACAGCGCUGGAUAAAGCUUCUGAGCGUACUCACCUUCCACCUGGGACUGUAUCCGGCGGUACCCAUACUUUACCGAGAAGCAAUAAAAAGGACCGCCAUAAGCGUACAUCAUAUUAUGAUUCAUCUCGUAAUUCUCAUCUUUAUGUUUCUAAGUGCAUAUGUGUUUUAACACGAAUUCCAGUAGUUUCUUGUACUACUCACCUUCUAAAUUCGUUGCAUGAGAUGAUUACCUCAUCAGAAGAACCUCCUCUUCCUUUAGAAUCGUAUAUAUACUGGAUGCUUAACGAAGUACCUUUGCCAGCUCCCGGUAGCACUUUAAAAGUCUGCCUUAAUGAAGUUGAUAUGGUGCUUCAGAGGCCAGCUCCUGGUGAACUUCCUUUCUUUGACCAUUCUUUAUGUUCCUUGUUCAGCAUGGUCACUGUGGAUAAAUUCCUACGCCUUUUUACUUGUUUUCUUCUCGAACAUCAAAUUCUUUUGUGUUCUAAAAGUUUGUCACGUCUAAUGUUAAUAGCGGAAAGUCUUUGCCUACUUGCUUUUCCGUUUCGAUGGCAGCUGACUUAUGUGCCAAUCUUACCUUAUUCUCAAUUAAAAUUUAUGGAGGCACCAGUACCUUACAUAAUGGGGUUAUGUUAUGAAGAGGAGGUUCCCGAACCAAUUUUUCAGUCAAAUGUGUGUGUUUUUGACAUCGAUACGGGUGGUUUACAGAUGCCAGAGGACGUUCCAACCAUUCCAGACAAAAUUGAAAUGAUACAGGAGGUUACUAACGUUUUGUUGCGGUUUGAAAAACAAAAUAGUGACUCAGGGAUGCACUUCACCCCUCAGGAAAACAAUAAACCUCUAUCAAAACGUAAGGAAGAGUGGUCGUCUAAAAGAAUGUCACGGUCAUUUGAUGACGACGCUCUUGCUAGCUUGUAUAAUGAAGGCAAAAGUGAUGGGAACAUGAAGCCAUCAAGAAAAGGAUUAGCUCCGUUGCCUCUGGAUGACGUUUUGAAACAGAGCGAAGUUCUUGCCAGAGUGACCGCCAUUGCACGUCGCGCUGGUGUAAAUGUACAGAUGGAGAAAAUUGAGAGGGAGUUACAGUCUAAUGAUUCUUAUAUGAACUCUCCUUUGUGUAGGAGAUACUUUAAGGAGAUGAAACUCAAUAACUCAAUCCGAGAGGUAUUUUUGAAUCGGUUUGCUUGGUUAUUGUAUUCCUACGAGCAUUUUGUAAUCACUGCGAAUGCAGCAGAUAAAGAUUUGUAUUUUGCGAGCAGAGAUUCCGUUGUAAAUUUUGACAAAGCAGCUUUUUUAUCGGAUCAGCCGGACAGCAAUUUACCUUUUCUGGCAGCGUUUCUUGAAACUCAGAUGUUUACUUCGUUUAUCGAUGCAAAAAUUGUGGCGCAGUGGGAAGCUCCUGAUUCAAAUCUUCAGCUAUUCGACGCUCGUAUACAAAUGCUGAAGGAAAUACAUGGACUGCAAAUGGUGCGUACACCGACGUACGAGAAAGCAUUGCCGACAUUGACCACAGAAGAAGCAAUCUCAAAAAGAGAAGAAGCGUUAGAUUACAUUGUUCCUCAACCUCAUGCCCUCGUCGGUGCUACCACUCAUUGCUACAAUGGGAACAAUCGGUCGAGUGCCUAUUUCGGUGAUUCUCCGAAGCAGAUUGAGCAGCAGAACAACAAAUUUGUUGAGCAGUUGCUCAGAGAAACAAAAGCCAAAACAAAGAGAAUGCUUGUUGAAAAGAUGGGUAAAGAGGCAGUUCAAUUAGGUCACGGUGAAGCUAAUGUCAAUGGAUUGGAAGAAAACACUUUAGUUGCCUCAUUUUGUGAUUUGUUGGAAAGGGUUUGGGCUCAUGGACUCUUAAAGAAACAAGGGAAAUCUUCAUUAUGGGCUCAUGUCCUUCAUCAUCAGGAUUUAGAGAAACCCGGCUCAUUCUAUUCUUCCUCCUCAGUUAAAAACUCGUUACUGGCUCCAGACGUUGAUGAAGAGAAAGACGUGUCAUUUUUUGCUAAAGAAGAGCGCAAUGCUUUGACGGAAUUAGCUCAAAGCAUUCAGAAGGAAUUAGAGGAUGCUGGGGGUCCAGCCUGGUCGAUUUCAAUUUUACGAGCAGCAAAUUUUAUCUGCGAUAAAAUAAGCUCUGCAUCCAACGCUGUACAACCAGUUUCAAAUUUACCGUUUUCAUCGUCAAUUCCUUCAAAUCUCGAACGGUCUCACUCUUUUCAACGGCCGGUUCACUUCACACCGAACUGGUCGACUGCUAGCGCAAGUGAAAAUAUGGCAAUAGCAUCGCCUAGAAAAAAAGUUACGGUUCGGGCUAGAAGUCCUGAUGUUCGUCAAGGUUUCCCGCCGUUACCAACGCAUAUUGCUUACGAUUUGAAAAAUGUCUUACGAAUGACAGAGAUUAAAACUGAUCUGGGCUUUGCUCGUGCUUUUGUUAGGUUGUCACUGGAGAGGAAGCUUCUUCACAGGCAUUUAAAAACUGUUCUAAGUAAUACCGCACUGUUACAUCAAAUCUACAAACAGUAUGCGUUUCUUCGCUGUGAUGAUGAAAAGGAGCAAUUUUUAUACCAUAUUCUAUCUUUGAACGCUGCAGAGUUUCGAUGUUUUACAAAUACGUUCUGCAAGACCAAAAUGCAAUACCGUGUUUUGCUUGCAACAGGCAAUUCACGUUCAGUGCUAACCACACCUAUAUGGGUUCAAUUGGCAGGUUCAUUACGUUCUACGGCCUCUAUCGAGAUCAUGCCAGGAGUUGUCGAUUUUAAAUUUGAUCAUAUUAAUCUGGGGAUUCUGUCUACUCUGCGGAUUGGAAGAAGUUUAAAAGAUAUUGGCAACUCAACGAAUGCUAAAUGGUAUUUCGAUUAUGCGUUAGUGAGGAAUGAGGUGACAGGACAAACUUACCGUUUCAAUUGCGGACGGUGGUUUGGACGAGGUGUUGACGAUGGCUCUUUAGAACGCUUGCUGGUUGCAGAAGUCCUUCCUCAGGUCGACCCGGAUGCUGAAGAAGCUGGGCAGUUCCAAAAUGGUUACUACGAACGGUCAAAGUCACACUCGCGCAGUGCAACGCCUACGAGAGCAAGAUCUCCCAGUGCAUCUCGAAGCGAAAUUUUAAACGCAAGAUCAAAAACUCGCUUGACAGAAAUUCAACAUCAGCUUGGGGAAGCUGUGAACGCUAUCGUGAAACAUCUAUACAGUGGUACAAAGUCGCGAAGUGAUUUGACUCAGCUGCUUUGUGCUCCAGAUAAGGGACUUGUUAGUGUUAUGGUGUCAGUAUUUCUAUAUGGCCGACAAGAUUCAUCCUGGUCUACUCGUUUUUUCAGGCAUUAUUAUCCGUGGGAUUAUGUAGAGGAUGCUAAAAGAUUAACUCGAGAACAGCGGAAACUGAUUAUCUACGCUUGUCGCUUAGUAAAACGCAUUGGAUCAAGUACUUCUUUGGGAAAAGACGGAAAAUUCCAGCUGUUCAUUAUUAUAACUUUAAGGGACCAUAUACUGGCCGGUCUUCUUCCUCUGAUGGCUCGAACUCCUGUGACUGCUCAACUUUAUGAUGAACCCUCUUUUUUAAGAAACCCUCAUUAUCUCACCUACCUUUCAAAACUGCUCACUUCUUUGAACGACUUCAAGUUCAAUCUUGAGAAAUCGCUCACUUAUGGUUUUGAUUGAUU